CUGGUUGAUGCGUGUUUGUUUCGUCGACUGAUGCUCGACAACGCGAUGAAAUAAUUUUGAUUUUUCUCUUAAGUUUCUGUAACCGUGUUCAAUUUUUCAAUUUCAAUUAUUUUUUAAUAAUGUCGACAGCAAUUAAAGAACAACCAUCCUCUAAGGGCGAGGAGGCAGGAGCGGUUUCGCCACCGGACGGGGGAGCCCGCGCAUGGAUCGUGAUGGUCGGUGCAUUCCUUUGCAACGGAAUACUGUUUGGAGUCAUUAACACCUACAGUGUGAUUUACAUGGACUUAAGAAAGAAAUUAGAAGCUCAAGGGGAGACAGACACGUCUAGCAAAGCAGCGUUGGUGGGAUCCUUGGCCAUCGGCACCACUUUUUCUAUGUCUUUGGUUUCUGGAAUACUGACGGAUCACUUCGGUCUGCGACGAACUACAUUAUUUGGAGGCGUACUUGCUGCUUCCGGAAUGCUGCUCUCAUCUUUCCUAACUGAUAAUGUAGCCGCAUUAUAUCUGACUUAUGGCCUUAUGUACGGCUUAGGAGCCGCUUUAACCUACACUCCGUCACUGGCAAUAUUAGGACAUUACUUCAAGCGCUAUCUGGGCUUAGUUAAUGGAGUGGUAACUGCUGGAAGCUCGGUCUUCACGAUUGCUAUGCCUGCCUUUCUCAAUUGGUUAGUCGGAGCAGCGGGUCUUCCUACUGCUUUGAGAGUCUUAGCACUUAUGUCGUCCUUUAUUAUCCUGUGCGCUCUGCUUUUCAAACCUCUGCAGCCACGCCAACGUCCACUGUUCAAGAAGGAACGUACUGGAUGCUCAACUAUAAUAAAUGUUGAUAACUGGCGUAGAAAACGCUAUGUGAUCUGGGCGUUGACGAUACCCUUCGCACUGUUCGGUUAUUUCGUGCCAUACGUACACAUGGUAAAAUUCGUAGCCGAUGCUUUCCCUGGACGCAGAGGUGAUUGGCCAGUAAUGUGCAUUGGAAUAACAUCUGGACUUGGUCGACUGAUAUUUGGAUACGUUGCUGACCUUCCAAGAGUAGAUAGGAUUCUUCUUCAACAAAUUUCAUUUGUGAGCAUAGGAAUUCUCACAGUUUGCUUGCCAUUUGCACCAUCAUACGAAGUGCUUUUAGCUAUUGCUUUAGCUAUGGGUUUAUUCGACGGAUGUUUUAUUUCUUUAUUAGGACCUAUAGCAUUUGACUUAUGUGGACCGAAAGGCGCCACGCAAGGGAUAGGAUUUUUGUUGAGCCUUUGUUCACUUCCAUUAACUAUGGGAGCGCCCAUUGCCGGAUUGCUUUAUGAUCACAUGCAAUCAUACACGCUGCCUUUGAUAUUAGCAGGAUUACCUCCCUUAGUGGGUGCAGUUAUAAUGAAUUUGAUGCGGUGCGUUCGAGAUGAUUCUGCUAAGCAGGAUGAAUCUGGUGAUGCUGCAGCCCAACCGCUUUCAGAUCCGACGGCCGGAAGCGGUUUCGGUGCCAUCGACGAUCAGAAGAAAAACGGAUUAUUAGAACAAGAUGUGGACAAUUCACAAGUUUAAAAUUCUAACGCACAUUGCCAUAAGUGCCAUACUCAGCAGCAUAUGCUCUGAAUGUUCAUCAUGUACGAACAACGGUGUAUCAUUGCUGUGUGAUAUUGAAUGAGAUGCGCCAUCUCAAAAUCGCCUUCUACAUUAAAGAUUAUAGAUAAUAAGACAAAUGCAACUUUAGCCAAUGCGAGUUCCGGAGGAAGCGUCAACGACCGGAUUAUUGAUAAUCAGGCAGUUUCGAGUACGAGGGUCUAAAUUGCUCAAUUUUGCAUUUAUUGUGUGAAUUUUGUUUUGUGUUUCGCAUUCGUACGUUUUAGUCGUUUUUAUACAUUGAUGAGAUUCCCAAUCUUUUUACUGAUAGAUGUAGAAAUUAAACUUAGGGCUAAUAGAUUAAUAUCAAUUUUGUAAAACAGCUAAAAAUCUUCUGGCCUACUUCUUGA